AUGUCAAAAGCUUUUGACAGACUAGAAUGGCCUUUCUUAUUAAAAGUUCUUCAAUAUUUUGGGUUUUGUGAUGAUUUCUGCUCCCUGGUACAUCAAUGCAUCAGUACAACCACAUUGUCAGUCAUGCUCAAUGGUAGUCCUUGUGAAGAAUUUGCUCCUACAAGAGGUAUAAGACAAGGAGACCCCUUGUCUCCUUAUCUUUUCAUCUUAGCUAUGGAAUUCCUUUCUAGGCAUCUUACUAAUGCUCAAGAAAACAAGACAAUUCCUGGUGUUAAAGUGGCUGCUCUUGCACCAGCCAUCAAUCAUCUGUUAUUUGCAGAUGACUGCUUGAUUUUCACUCAAGCAAACACAUCUUCAGUCAACAAUUUAUUGGAAGUCCUUCAUAUGUUCAAUUCUCAAUCAGCGCAGGUCAUCAAUUUUGAUAAAUCUGCAGUUAAUUUCAGCAAGAAGACUAAACCAGAAGUUGCAGCAACUAUCAUCAACAUACUUGGAGUUAAAACAAUGACUUCAAAAGAAAGGUAUUUGGGUUCACCACUCAUUAUUGGACACUCAAAGAAGGAAGCUUUCAAGAGCAUAAAGGAAUGUUUUGAAUCAAGAUUCUCCACCUGGUCUUCCAUCAAUCUCUCUCAAGCUGGAAGAGGAACAAUGAUCAAACAUGUGCUCAAUUCCAUACCAGCUUAUCAUAUGGGUACUUUCAAGCUCCCUAGUAAUUUAAUCACUCAGCUCACUUCUAUUGAAAGAAUUUUUUUUUGGGAUCAUAAAAGUAACAGAGGUUCAAAUCAUAUAGGUUGGCAGAAUUUAUGUACUUCAAAGGAUCUGGGAGGUCUUGCUUUCAGGGACCUGGAAAAAUUGAAUCUUGCUCUUCACACCAAGUUAGCUUGGAGGAUUUGUAAUGAUUCAGAUCAUCUAAUGGUUAAAAUUUUGAGCAGUAAAUACUUCAAGAAUAAGGAAAUACUACACCAAAAUAUAGAAGCCAAAAAUUGCUCUUUCACUUGGAAUGAGAUCACCAAAGGCUUGAAGAUAGUGCAGCAAAACUAUUUCAUGGAGAUCAACAAUGGUGAAGACACAAAAAUAUGGUCAGAUAGAUGGAUACCAGGUAUGCAUCAUCCACCUCUUCCACAAAAUGACACAUUCAGAUUUUAUGGUGAAGUUGCUGAAUUCAUGAUUCCAAAUACAAAUCAGUGGAACAUUAAUCUGCUAAAUCACCUAUUUGAUGCUAAUACUUCCAUGAAAAUUCAAACUUUUUUCAUUGAUAAGUCAAAAAAGGAUGUUAUGAUUUGGAUGCCUACAAAAGAUGGAAAAUUCUCUGUUAAAAGUGCAUACAAGCUCCUCACUAAUUCUGACAGGGAAGUGCAAGUUAAUGGUGUCUCUAUCAAUAAACUGGUUUGGAGAAGAUUAUGGAGCAGUAGUGCAGCACACAGGAUUAAGAUGUUUGCCUGGAAGUGUAUUAGAGAUAUUCACUCCACUAAACAUAAUCUGACAAGAUGUGAAGUAGUUUUUCAGGGAGUAUCCCUCAACCCUAAUACUACUGUGCACAAGAUUUAUUAUUAUUUUUCUCCUUAUUUGCGUGGAACUGCAUCAAUUAACCCCUCUCAUCUAAGUGUUAAUAAUUCUGAUUGGAAACCACCUUUGAUUGGCACUAGCAAAAUUAAUGUAGAUGCUUCUUUUGAUUUGGAUACUAAUCAACUUGGAACUGGUCUUGUUUUGCGAGAUCAUACAGGCACCUGUAAUGGCAUCAAAGGGAGCUACUCUAAUGGAGCUUUAAGCGCUGAGGCUGGAGAAUGUAUGGCAGUGCGAGAGGCUUUAUCUUGGGCUAAGGAGAAGCAAUUAGUUAACAUCCAUAUUGAAGUUGAUGCCAAAUUGGUCAUACAAUCCAUAACUGGUAGCACUUUACUAGUACAAUGGGAGAAUAUGAAUCUAAUAAAAGAGAUUAAACACCUUAUUUCAGAUUUUAAUAGUUGUACUUUUUCUUUUGUUGGUAGAUUGAACAAUCAAGUGGCAGAUUCAAUAGCAAUUUCUGUUAGAGAAUCUGCUUCAAACAUUGAGAAGUAUGUGUUUUUUAAAGAUGAGCUUUGUAGUCUUCUGGCAAAAGACAUGCAAAACAACUUAAGCUAA